AUGGCGGGACCAACCUUGUCCAACUUGAUAGGCGGGCAGAAUGGCAAGCUCUCCAAUGUCAGGAUACGCAUCACAGCUACCAGGAUCAAGAUCUUGUGUCUGCUCGUCGUCGCCGCCUGGCUCAUGCGACUCGCGGUCAAAGUGCGGCCAUCGCUCUCGCCUCUCUACGCAAGACACGUUCGCACACUCGACAUGGCCGCCAACGACAUUUGGACCGAAUAUAUCAUCACCCACCCCGUCGAGGUCGAUGAGCGAUACGGCUUCAAAGAGAUGGGCUUCCGCGCUCAUUCCUAUGCAGAGCUCGCAAGAACACACAACAUCGGAAGGCUCGAAAGGAUGGAGGAGAACUUGUGGCACUUUGCUCCCGGUGCAGCUCAGAUCCGCCAGCAAGCCAUGCGCGUCGCUCCCAUCUCCUACUCCGAGGCGGCCAAGCAGCGAGCGUCCCAGUCGGUCGAAGGUAUCGUCCGAAAUCAGCUCGAGCAGCACGGCAGGAUCUUUGCCAACAUGACCGGUGAUCUGCUCCGACAAGCACACAGGGAGGACGCUGCGAGAGGCGGAAAGCGAAGAGGCAUCGUCAUGUCCGUCUCUCGUCACACCUCGCUCGCUGCUUUGCAAACCAUCACGGUGCUCAGGGAGUUGCAUGGCUGCUUCCUUCCCGUCGAGAUCUACUACCACAGGGAGGACGAGCUGCCGGAUCCGCUUGUCGACUUGCUCAAGUCGCUCGGUCGUGUCUCUGUCUACGAUCUCGACACGCUCUCGCUCUUCAGCAGCGAGUUGGAAGACGACGCUGGCCGUCACCCUGGCUUCAAAGAGACAUGGACGCGUCAGGCGCUCGGCGUCCUCGCGUCGUCGUUCCAGGAGAUGCUGGUCAUCGAACCCUCGGUCGUCUUCCUCCAGAACCCAGCAGAGCUUUUCUCGCAUCACUCGUUCCAGAACACGGGCACGCUCUUCUUCCGCUCCAAAGCGAAACCCGCCGACCGAGGCUCUCAGUACCUUAUCGCCUUCCUCAAACGCCAGUUUGACGCCGGCGAGCCAUCAGCACAGCUGGCGGACAGCGCUUUCUGGUCGCACACGAUCGGCUCGAGGCAGGACAUGGACGUGGUUGUACUCGACAAGUCGCAACCAGGCGUGCUCGCCGCGCUCUUCAUGAAUGCCUGGAUCCGACGCAAGCGCGUCAGGGACAUGUUCUGGGGCGCCUACCCUCUGACGAUGAACGAAGGUCUCUGGCUUGCCUUUGACCUCUCGGACAUCGCCUAUGCCUUUGAAAACACGCUUCCCGGAGCGAUCGGACGCUUCGAAGGCGACUGGGAUGACCACUCGCCCUUGCUCUGCUCGCCACGCACCAUACAGUUCCUCUCGCCGCAGGCAGCGCACGAAAAGCUCGCCAAUCGAUGGACGCUCUUUGACACCAAGCACAAGAAGUCGACCAAGAAGGGCAAAGCGGCCAACAAGCUCAAGCAGAACGCAGCGGGAGAAAAGCCUUUCUGGUUCCACGGCGGCUUCCUCGUCCCCGGCUCGAGCGACGAGACCUACUUCACGCCCAACGUCUUCGCCCGUGACGUUCCGCCGUACACCACCAUCGAAGAGGACUACACAGAUUCGAAAGAAUGUCUGUACGGCGCAACGAUCAACAAGCUCAAGGGCACCAGCAUCCCUACGACGCUCGAAAAGGCGAUCGAUAUUGCACACGAGACGUUGAAAAGGUAUCAGCCUGUGCUGCGCUACCACGUGGGUGUGCCCAAGAUCCGCGACGACGCCGAGACGGACGAUACCAAGUCCGAGAUGGAGGAUACCAGCUGA